AUGAGUGAUAUUGAGAUACAAGAAGAGAACGAUCAAUUGCCCUCUGUGAAGCCGGCUCACGAUACACCAGCCGAUAAUGAGGAUCGCCGUCAACAUCCUGAAAUUGAAGUUCAACUUGAACAUGCGGAUGAGGAGGAGGAGGUAGAAGGAAAUGGAAGGCCGGGAAACGAUGCAACCGAUAUGCCUGAGUCGAUUCGUACCGACCAGCGAUCUGUUUAUUCCAUGAGCAACAUGUCACCUGUAAAGAAGAAAUUAACCAAUACUUCAUCACACCUCAAUGAAUCGGCAAGUAUAUCAUUUUUGAGAUCAAGUUUUGAACAGCUCAUUUCUAUUAAAGAUAUCAUGAAAAAACACCAAGAUAUUGUUCAGAAAAGUACAACUGUUAUUGGCACAUUGAAGGCAGGUCAUAUGCCUGAGGAAAAUAUUAUUUUUGAACCUUUAAAAUUGGCAUGCGAACAGAGCAAUAUCGAAGCAAAGGUUUUAGCAUUGGAUUGCUUGAGCAAGAUAUUUACAUUCAACCUGUUCAAUAAACCAAUAUUCUGGGACUAUAAAGGAACCAAGCCAAAAGUUGUAAGUUCAAAUGAGGACUUGGAAGCCGGUUUAGAUUCAGGUACGAAUAAUGGGAAAGUUCUACUGAUUGAGGCAGCAGUAAACACAGUUAUAUCAUGCUUUGAAGGAGAAGGGACUGAUGAGCGUGUUGAGCUGCAAAUUGUUAGGGUUUUAACAGGCACUGUUGUCAAUGAAUCUAUGCCAAUUCAUGGUAAGGUUCUAUUACAAGUUGUUAGGCAAAUUAAUAAUAUCUUUUUGUUAUCACUAUCCCCAGUUAAUCAAAGUAUUGCACAAGCUGCGUUGAUUCAAAUUGUUGAUACUGUUUAUGGUAAAGUUUCCAAGUUGAGGAACAAAAAGAAAAUCACAACGAAAUUGGGAAAUGGAUUCACACCCCAAGAUCAAUCCAAGGGAACUUUGGUGAAUAGUGACUCUCACACAGAAAAUGACCACAUCAGCAAUGGAAAUGAAAAUGGCCAAAGCAUGACCCUACAGCAGCUACAAGAUACAAGUAAUGAUAACGUUCAAUUAACAACCGAAGAGGUUCUUGGUGAUGACGAUGAGCUUUAUGUUAAAGACGCAUUUUUGAUUUUCAGGUCAAUCAGCAAUCUGGCAUCAAAAGUUAUUGAAGUUGAAUCAUUAGAUAUGAGGUCUCACCAGGUUAGGGUAAAAAUGCUAUCAUUGCAUAUUAUCCAUAUGAUCAUCAAAAAUUAUUCGGAUGUCUUUGCCGAUAAGGAACAUUUAAUAUUCAAUAAGAAUAGCUCGGAAUCAACAGCUUUGGUUGAUGGUAUUAGAAAAUAUUUAUGCUUAGCUCUUUCAAGGAAUGCAACCUCUCAAUUGUCAUCGGUUUAUGAGAUUACAAUGGAAAUCUAUUGGCUGAUGAUCAAAAACUUGAGAUCGGAAUUCAAAUUUGAGAUCCCUGUUUUCUUAGAUGAGAUAUAUUUCCCCGUUUGUGAAAUGAAAACAUCUGUUCCUUACCAAAAACGUUACGUCCUAAAUAUGAUUUACAAAAUUUGUUCCGACCCGAAGAUUUUGGUGGAAUUCUAUUUAAACUACGACUGUGAUACAGUUUUACCUAACUUGUGUGAAAAGAUAAUUGAUCACCUUGCAAAACAUGCAUUGCAAAGAGUUGAUGCUACGCCUCAACAAAAAGCAAGCUUUAAGUUAUUCCAGAAAAUGGAACUAGCAAGCCAGAAAUUCGAUAUAAUUCCUGAGUUAAACUCAUCAAAAUUAACAAGCACAGCUCCAAAUCCUGAUGUUACGAUGAACUUCCCCAAUGAUUUCGCAUUAAAAAUGAUAUCCAUUGAUUGUAUUGUUUCAUUCCUCCAAUCUUUAAAUAUAUCUUGUGGAACACCCUUGGAAUACUUUUCUGAUGAUAACCAAAUGGUGUCGCUAGAUGAAUUGAAGACAAUUUCUAGCGAAAUGAGAUUGAGAACGGGGUCCAUAACUUCAGGCUCUAUAUCCCGUGUCUCCCUUAACCAUUCCGACUCUCAAGUUAAUACGCCUACUAUUGCCGAAUCAGAGGAGACGCUUGGAACUAAGCAGUUUGAUAGUGCCAAACAAAGAAAGACGGCUUUACUUGAAGGUAUCAGGUUAUUCAAUUUUUCACCGAAGAAAGGUAUCGCAUUUCUUGAAAGAAAUGGAUUUCUAAAUACAAAGGAUCCUUCAACAAUUGCGAAGUUCAUCAUUGAUAAUCCAAAUCUUGAUAAAACACAGGUUGGUGAAUAUUUAGGUGGAAGUAAAGAGGAAAACAUUUCUGUAAUGCAUGCCUUUGUUGAUAUUAUGGACUUCAAAAAUAAAAGUUUUUUGGAUGCAUUGAGAUCAUUCUUACAGCAUUUCAGACUACCCGGCGAGUCUCAGGUUAUUGAUAGAUUUAUGUUAAAGUUUGCAGAAAAAUACGUGAACGAUAAUCCAAAGGUAUUUGCAAAUGCGGACACAGUCUAUGUCUUGUCGUAUUCUGUUAUAUUACUAAAUACUGACCAACAUUCAGCGCAAGUUAAAAAGAGAAUGACAUUGGAUGAUUUUAUAAAAAAUAACAAAGGAAUUGAUGACGGCAAAGACUUAGAUCCUAAAUUUUUGGAAGAGGUUUACAAGGACAUCCAAAACAAUGAAAUUAUCUUGAACAGUGAGCAACAAGCUGUAAUGAUAUCGAACGAUGUGAGUGCAUAUCAACCACUGUUAAGUAACCCAUUUUUUGGUAGGAAUUAUGCUAAGGAAGCAUAUACUAAAGUCACGAAAGUUUUAAGUAAGAAUACCGAAAACACAGUGAUUUCUUUAGGUAAGAAUGCAAGAAAAAAUUUACGGUAUUUUACAUCAGAUUCAGCAUCUAACCCUGAACAUGUUAGAUCAAUGUUUGAUAAUCUGUGGAUGUCUUUGCUCGCCGGCUUAACCCCACCAUUCAAAGAUUACGAUGAUGAAGAUGUUGCUGAUGUUUUAUUGCUUGGUAUUCGUCUAUCGAUUCAUAUGUCUUGCAUAUUUGACAUUGAUUACGCAAGAACUUCAUUUAUCAGAGCAUUGGUUCAAUUCACCAAUAUGAACAAUCCAGAAGAUAUGAAGGAUAAGAACAUUAAGGCAAUUUAUACUAUCUUAGAAAUUGCGAUUGAUGAUAAUUCAUAUCUAAAAUCUUCAUGGAGGGAUAUUUUUAUUACCAUCUCUCAAGUUGAGAGACUUAGAUUAUUGUCUAAAGGUGUUGAUGGUAGUAGUGUUCCUGAUUUGAUCAAUGCCAGGCUUUCCAAGAAAUCUUUAGAUAUCAAGAAGCAUGAACAGCAUUCCGGAUUCUUCUCGGCUAUUAGUGGGGGCAAGAAAGUAAGUGUAUCAGAGCAAGCCUUUUUGAACCACGUCAAUCAAAAGUUACCUACUGAGAUGGUCAAUAAGAUCAACACCACCGAAUUAGACGUUAGAAUUGACAAAGUUUUCAGUAAGAGUUCUGAAAUUCAAGGUGACGGCAUUUUUGAUUUUGUUAGCGGUUUAGUUGAGGUUGCACGCGAGGAAAUCAAAUCAUCUGGUGAUAGCCAAGAGCCAAGAAUGUUUUGUUUACAGAAGAUGGUUGAUUUCUGCUAUUACAAUAUGAGUAGAAUCAGAUUGCAAUGGUCUGAGAUUUGGAAGGUUAUGAACCAAGAAUUCAAUGAAUUUGGAUGCAGCUCUAAUAAUGCAGUUGCAUUUUUUGCAAUUGAUUCAUUAAGACAAUUGAGCGAGAGGUUUUUUAGUAUUGAGGAGUUAGCCCAUUUCAAGUUUCAAAAGGAGUUUUUGAGGCCAUUUGAUUAUAUUAUUAUCAAUAGCCCGAGUCUCGAUGUUAAGCAGAUGGUUUUGGACUGUAUUCAAUAUUUGAUACUCAAGAACUCGAAGGAUAUUAGAUCUGGUUGGACUACUAUUCUAGAAACGUUGGCACACGCUGCUUAUUGUAUUGAUAGUGAGAAGUUUGUUUCUUGUGGCCUCAAGUCUGUUCAACAAAUUUUAGAGACCCAUCUCGACGCAAUCGAAGAACAGAAUGGAUAUAGUGCUCUGGUUGAGUGCUUGUGUGAGUAUGGUAAAAAUGAGAGGUACCAAAAGGUUGGAUUGAGAGCUUUAUCUAUGAUCAACUUAUUGGUCGAAAAAACCGGCAAUGAAGUCGAUAUUAGAGUUGGUGAUGAUGACUAUUUGAACGAUAGAUGGUUCCCUUUAUUGUUAAGUUUUCACAGCAUUAUUAUGGAAGGUACUGAUUUAGAAGUGCGUUCAAAAGCUUUAAACUUUUUGUUUGAUGGAUUGAUUACCCAUGGUAAAAAUUUUGAUGAAGAGUUCUGGCGUAAAGUUUGGCUAGAGCUACUGUUCCCGAUCUUUGAUAUUUUGAAGAGACAUGGCGAAAUUAACAUCAUUCAAAAUGAAGGAUUAUGGGUGUGGCUCUCGAGCACAAUGAUUCAAGCCUUAAGAAAAAUGGUUUUACUAUUUACUACAUUCUUCAACGAUCUCCAUAGCAUUGUGGACGACUUUAUGAGUCUUUUGAUAUCCUGUAUUUGCCAAGACAAUGAUGCCAUUUCAAAGAUUGGUAUUUCGUGUUUGAAGGACCUCAUUAUUGAAAAUAUCACCAAAUUUGAUGAUGAUAAAUGGGAGAGAAUUAUCAAGACUUUCAGUACGCUAUUCAAGAUCACUACUGCAAAAGAGUUAUUUGAGCUAGAUCCGAAAAAUAUCAAACCAAAUGGAGCAAGGUCUCCAUGCAAUGGGGACGAGAAUAAUAACGAUGAGGAAGAAAUAGACAACGAAGAUAGUGAGGAAGAAUCUGAGCAAGCGUAUUCUGAGAUUACCCCUGAAAAAACGUUUUCAUCACAGGAGAUUGUUGUUAAAUGUGUUUUACAUUUGCAUAUGAUCCAAUUACUCUCCGAGUUAUUUGACGAUGACAAGUUCUAUGCAUGUAUUCCAUACAAACAUUUGAUUUCAUUAAGUAAAUUACUGGAGGGAAGCUACCAAUUUUCCAGAGAUUUCAACGAAGACUACAAUCUUCGUGUGAGGUUGUGGAAUUCUGGGGUAGUUGACAAACUGCCAAAUUUGUUAAAGCAGGAGACGUCCUCUGUUGGUGUUUACAUCAGUAUCUUGUUCCGGCUGUACUGCGAUGAGGACAAGGUUGACAAUGAGGGCAGGGUAAAAAUAGUAUCCACAUUGAUUCCAUUGUCAAAUGCACUAUUUGCAAGAGCGACUGAAUUCCAGCAACGCCAAGAGUUCAAGAACCUGCAGUCGUGGAUACCGGUGGUCAUUGAGGUGUUGCAGGCCUUGACCGAGUUGAAGGAUGAGGAUUUCCGCCGGGCAUGUCCAGUGACAUAUGGGCAUGUUAUUUCGCUCUUUCAGGGGAACAUCUCUGAGGGGCUACAGGGGGUGUUGAGGUCGUACCUCACUCGUGUUGGGUCGCUCUACAUCGACACCGCUAGAUAG